AUGGCCAAGGACAAAGAGCGCUCGGUCAACCCUGCCGCCGCACAGCGGAAGCUAGAUAAACAGAAAGAGCUGAAGAAAGGCAAGGCCGAAGCGCUAGCCCGCAGAAACGAAAAACUCGCCCGUCGCAACCCCGACCGAAUUCAGCGACAGAUCAACGACCUCAAAGCAGUAGAAGAAUCGGGACAAAAGCUUCGGCCCCGCGACAAGGAGAUCCUUGAAGCGCUCGAGAAGGAUCUUCGUGGCGUUCUGAAGGCGCGUGAAGCCCUUGGCGAGAAAGCACCCCGGUUCGACCAGGGCCGGGGCGGCCACCAAGGUCAGGGCGGCAGAAGGGCCGAUAACGUAUUGGGGAAGCGACAACGGGGCUCGGACGAAACGCGGAUGCCUCGCGAUAGUGACAGCAGUGACACAGACGACGAGGUGCGGCGCAUACCCAUGCCGCGGGAUACGCCACCGCCCAUCCCGCGCCAGAACCAGCGCCGACGGGGACAGGCGCCGAAUAGCGCGCAGCGCAGUGGACCCCAUCCAUUGCCGGCGCGGCCGACACCUGUGGUGGAGGCUAGAACUGUCUAUGAGGCUAAGCCGGAAAUUCGAGAUCUACGGCAGGAGGCUACGAGUAAGUUUAUCCCGGCUGCCGUCAGGAUGAAGCAGCAGUCCAUUAGGGGGCAAGGGAAACUUUUGGAGCCAGAGGAGAUGGAUAGACUUGAAAAGGCUGGGUAUAAUGCUGGGCCGGAGGCACAGACUGGUGAGCACUCAUUAGAGGAGGAGGAAGCGCGGUUCAACAAGGAGCUUCGGUCUGUUCAAAUGGAAGAGGUCGAGGACGAACAGGCAUGGGCUUAG